UUUAAUUUUUCAGGAAUGCAUUCUGCCAAAACAAUCAUCCUGCUUCUCUCGUUGCCAAUGGCAGCUGUCAUGGCAUCGAAGAUCUCCUGUUUCGUUGGAUACCAAGGUCUGGAAGUUGCAGCCGAAGGUGGUUUUGACUACUGUCACACAACUCUGCGUGUGUCACCCCCACAUAUUGGCACCUAUGGGGGAUACCUUCAAAGCGAGCGCCCAUUGGAGGAGGACAAGACACCAUCCAUCAACGGACAAUGUUAUCUUCGCCCAAUUGGAGGAAAACCAUUCAUGGAGUGUGUCUGCUACCGAAACCUUUGCAACCAACCAACGUCCUACGCUGAUUUUGAAGAUGCGUUUCUCGCUAAUCCUAAUCAUCAGUGAAGAGAUCGAUCACCCAUGAGGAAUUGAUAAUUUUGUGUUGUUUUAUAGUUUUUUUUGUUGGAGUCUCUACCUCUGUUAUCCUGACCUCAUGAAAGAUCAAUAAACGAGUGAAUUGCUA